GCGCGGGGUCCUGGGCAGGGUGGGGGCCAGCGCUGCUGCCCUGGACACUGAUGGGGUGGGGAGUGCGGCCAGGCUGGCUGGCACGCGGGGGGCACCGCUGCACCCUGGCAGUUUUGCUUCGGUUCCCCUCCCAUGGGCAUCCCCAGCGGCACGGGCCUGGGGGCCGCUGUGAGGAUGGGCAGGGGGAUGCUCCACUCUUGUCCCGCUGCGGGGCCAAGGAGGGGAAGGGAAGUGGAUUCCUGCCCGGCUUGGGCAGUGACGAGCCUGCCGGCACGGUGGGGACAUCCCGGUGUGGCUUGGGACUGGGGACGGUUCUGGGACGGCCCCGUGUACCGUGGUGGGACUCCACGGCGGCUGCCCCUGGCUGUGCUCCGCCACGUGGGGCUGGCGGGGGUCUCGCUGGCAGCACUGCGUGGGCCGGUGAGGCUGCGGCGGGCACAGCCGCGCAGGCAGUGCUCUGUGGGCUUGGGGGGGAUUAGAGCCGCCUGCCCCCCCCCUUCCCUCCCCUGGGAUCAGCCGUGGGCAGCGGGGAGCUGGCAGCAGGCAGCUGCCGUGGGGGCGGAAGCCAGGCUAUUUCGGGGGGUGUGGAGGGGGGGGCCGUGGGCUGGCACUGUCCUUGCCAGGUGACCCCAGUGGGACCAGCACCGCCCUGCUGCCGGGAUGGAGUGUCGUUGGGGCCUGUCCUGUGCCGCCUGGCAGUGCUCAGUUCCCGAGGUGCUCUGAAGACAGGGACCCCGUGUCAGGGAGGAGAUGCCACCAGCCUGGGGGGCUGCUCAGGGCCGUGUGGCAGCGGUGGGACCCAGGGGGUCUGGCUGCCCUCCAAGGGGCUCCUGUGACUGUGCCACAGGGCAAGCAGCACCGGAGCUGGCUCGCCCUGGGGCUGGCAAGCGGGACCAGCCGUGGGCAAGCCUGGCUGGCCCAGGCUGAGGGCUGGCAGAGCCUCGCCCUGCUGCCAUGGGUAGCCCCGUGCCUGGCACCAGGGUGCCCGUGGGCAGCUGAGUCUCGCUCCAUCCCGGUGGGGUCCUGGCCACACUGGGCACGCAAGCCGGGACGCGGCGGGAUGCCCAGCUCUGCUGUGGCCCUCGGCACCGGCAGGGGUGGCCUGGGCACUGGGUGGGCUCAGAGCCCACCGCGCGGCGGCUGCCUUGACCACAGCCCAGUCCCCCCCGGCUGCUGGGGAAUCUGUGAGUGGGUUUUGCCCCAUGCCGGGGGGUGAUCAAAGGUGGGGUUUGCUGUUGACCAUUUCCUUCCUGUUCCCCCCUCCUUGAGCUCCAUUUCGGCAACCCCUUCCUUCCUUCCUUCCUUCCUACCCUCCUUCCCUCUGCCUGCAUGUGGCCCCGCUCCCCAGGCCGCCCUGGCAGGGAGCAGCUGAGGACAGCCGGUGUCCGGCCUCACGUGGCCUCUCCCCAGUGCUGGGGAUGGUGAUGCUUGGAGCGGGGAGCCCAGGGGUGACCCACAGAAGCCACACGCCAUUGGCCACAUCCAUAGUGGCCACCCAUAGGUGAGCAGGUGGCUGUGGGACCUCUCCUGUCCUGGCAUGUUGUGGUCCCCCGUACUGGGAUGUGGUGCGGGAGGUAGGGAUGCCCAUGGCUGGGGUGCCCAUCCUGCUGUCAGGAGAGGGGGGUGGCACCACAUGGGAGAUGCUGCUGGAACCUGUCCCAGCUGCAUGCGGGACGGGGCUGCGGCCCAUCACUGGUGCCACUGGUCAGGGUGUCACUGGCCAAGGCCAGGACGGAGCGUGGAGGAGGAUGGAUGAAGGUCAGCCCAUCCAUCACCUGGUCCCCCCUGAUUGGGCACCCUUGGUGCCCCCCAGCCGGGGUGAGCAGCAGUUUGUGGCCAGCACAUGGGCAGUUGCGACACCCCCAGGGUGGGGGGGAUGUCAUGACUCACCCCAGCGGGGCCUGGCCACCAGCAGGAACCCUGAGUCAGGGCUGCGUGCCCAUGCCAUGCCCCUCCCUGCCCGCCUCGCCCACCUUAUCUCCCGCCCUUAGCACCUGGCACACCUGGGCCAGGGGGGGCUGGCGCCGUUUCCCUCCUUUAUGGGGAGCAAAGGGCAGGCAAAGGGUUGGCAAGCUGGUGCCGCGUCCCUCCCACCCUCCUGGGGACGCUGGCCUGGGUUUGUGCCCCCCACUGGGGUGGCCGGCCAGCCCGGCGUGUGGUGGCAGCGUGGUGGACAAGGCUGCCGGCACCACCGCUGCCUCCCAGCCACAUGCUGCCGGCGCUCCAGCCCUCGGGCUGACCCAUGGUGGCACGGCCAGCCUCUGCCCAGCACGCGGUCCCUGGUGAUGGGGGAGGCGGGAUGCCGUGCCAGGGCAUCCUGGCCUGCGUGGGCACGAUGCUGGCGCAGCCACUGCCCCCCUGCCCGCCUGCUGUCCCUGCUGCCGGCCCGUUUGCUCGGGCUCUUGCACAACCCGCUCUUUCCGCCAACGUUGCUGGGGCCAGAGGCCCCCUCCCUGCCCGGCUGGCGGCCGGGCUGGCACAGGGCUCUUCCCCUUUCUGCCCGGCCUUGUGCUGCUGGCAGCGCUGGCACGGCUGCCCAGAGCCCUGCCGGGGCCGUGCCAGGGCACUGCGGUGGGGCUGCCCCCCGGCCGGGCUGGUGUGGGCGGCCGGGGCGGAUGCUGGGUGCCGGGUGGGGUGUGGGGAGCACUCCCCGGGCUGUUAAUUGCUGUUUAGCUGGGGAUGCAGAGGGUGUAAUUACUGGGGGGGGAUUGCGCGAACCUGCAGCUGGCCCCAGGGGGCUGGGGGGGGUGGGGGGAGUGUGGGUGCCCCGGCGAGCGGAGGGGACUAGGUUCAGCAGGGGCCACCCCUGAGCCCCCUCCCUGGGUCACGGCUGUCCACAUCCCCCGUGGGACCUCGGGGACGGCGGAGCGGGACGUGCGUCUGCAGGUUUGGGGGGCGGCUCCAGGGCUGUCCAGGCAGGCCAUGGCACGCCGCACCGAGCCCAGCCCUGCGGUGGCAGCCCCGCUCCCGCCAAGCGCAGGCGCCCUCCCGGCUCAGCCGGGCCGGCCACGGCCAGCAGUGAGCACCCGGCACCCAGCGCCCUGCCUUGGGGCGGCGGGAGCGCGAGAGCCUGUCCGACGCCUCGGCGCAGGGGGCCGGGGCAUGCGGCGGGGAGGUGAUGCUGGUGGCGGGGAGGGGAUGCCCGCGGCAUGGGGUGCCUGUCCUACCGGCACUGGGAAUUUCCUCCGGCGGGAGGGGGCCGGGGGAUGCCCCCUGCCCGGUUCUGGGUUGGCACCCCGCGGCAUGGCGCUGGCCGUGAAGGGUUAAUGCCGUGUGUGUUCUGGGAAGCGGGGCUGGGAGGUGCGUGACCCGGGGUGUGGGCGUCGACUCCUUUUGAGGUGGGAUCCUGCGCUCAAGUGCAGCGGGGAGCGGGGCCAAGUUCACACAGCACCCUGCCUUCCCCUCCCUGCCGCUCGCGGGCCGCCGACCCGGCCGCGGCGCAGCGCCGAGCCACGCCGGGACACACGCCAGGUGAGCCGAGCGCCCACCCCGCCGCCGCCAGCCAUCAUGGCGGAGAAGGUGCCGGGGCAGUGGGGACCCGGCGCGGUGCUGCCGGGCACGGGGAGAGCCAGGCAUGGCUGUUUUGGCACCGGCCGGGAGGCUGCCCGGGAUGCUGGCAUCGCCUGGGCCCUGCACCGCCCUCGCUGCCGGUGGGACGGGAUGGGACGGGCAGUGAGGUUCGGGUCACCACGGCCUGGCAGAGUGAGACCCACACCCCACGGCGGUGGUGCCAGGCAGCCGGACGUGCCUCUGCCUGGCCCAGGCGCUGGGGAAGGUUUUGGCAGCGAGAGGGGCCAUGAUGGCGGCGGGAGGGGGCUGUGGUGCCAGUGUGGGGCUGGCGGGCAGGGGGCUGGCGCUGGGGGCUUGGCUGGGCCGGUGGCUGCUUGUCCCCGCUGCAGGUGCCAGGGUUGGCACUGGGGACGCCGCGGGUCCUGCAGCCACCUGCGCCGCCAUGGCAGGGCCGCCUGCACCCAGCCUCCAGCCUGGCUAUCGUGCGCGGUUGGCACCGGCAGCCACACCGGGCACCAGCACAGAGACCGACUUGGGCCACAGCACUCAGACCCCCUGGCUCAGUGCCCAUGGCUGCCGUGCCCGCGAGGUGCUCAAGGCACCUGGGAACCGAGAGCUCUCCGGGUGGCACCACGGGUGCCAGGAGCCGGAUGGUGGUGGGAGGCCAGGGUGGUGCCGCGGGGCUCGCUCCCUGGCACCGUGGGGCAUGGGGGCUCUGUUUAUCCUUUUCUCUCUUCAAACCAUUUCCUUUCGUUUCUGCUUGCUGUUUCUUCUUCUUUCAAAGAGCGGGACCGCUUCCCCCAGCCGCCUCCCCUCCAGCACUGGGACCCCCAGCAUGCCCGCAGCAUGUGCCCACUUCAGCGCCACCAGCCUGGCUGGCCCCCAGCCCACCACCUUCCCCGCCAGGUGAGGAUGAUGGCCAGCCCAGAGGACGACCUCAUCGGUAUCCCCUUCCCCGAGCACAGCAGCGAGCUGCUGAGCUGCCUGAAUGAGCAGCGGCAGCUGGGGCUGCUCUGCGAUGUCACCAUCAAGACGCAGGGCCUGGAGUAUCGCACCCACCGCGCCGUCCUGGCCGCUUCCAGCCGCUACUUCAAGAAGCUUUUUGCUGGACCAGGACCGGGGCAGGAGGUCUGCGAGCUGGACUUUGUGGGGCCAGAGGCACUGGGCGCGCUGCUGGAGUUUGCCUACACGGCCACGCUCACCAUCAGCAGUGCCAACAUGGGCGAGGUGCUGCGCGCCGCCCGGCUGCUGGAGAUCCCCUGCGUGAUCGCCGCCUGCGUGGAGAUCCUGCAGGGCAGCGGGCUGGAGGCACCCGGCCCCGAUGACAGCGACUGCGAGCGUGCCCGCCGCUACCUGGAGGCUUUUGCUGCCCUCCCCGAGGGCGAAGCGCCCGCCCCGCCACCCCCCCCGCCCCGUGCCCGCCGCAGCAAGAAGACCCGCAAGUUUCUGCAAGCCCGUGGCGCCCGGCUCAACAACCACACCGAGGAGCCGCCCGCCGAGGCCGAAGCUUGCGGCAGCCCCCCGCCACCCCCCCCAGCCGCCCUCGCCCCCCCUCCCGAGGGGCUGCCCCUGCCUUACGACAGCUUCGAGCUGCCCGAGGAAGAGGAGCUGCCCCCGCACCCCUUCCCCUUCCCCUACCAGCCCCCCCUGUCCCCCGAGGAGGCUGCCUCCGACGAGGACGCCAUCGACCCUGAUCUGAUGGCGUACCUGAGCUCGCUGCACCACGAGUCGCUGGCGCCUGGGCUGGAUACGCCCGACAAGCUGGUGCGCAAGCGCCGCUCGCAGAUGCCCCAGGAGUGCCCCGUCUGCCACAAGGUCAUCCACGGCGCCGGCAAGCUGCCCCGCCACAUGCGCACGCACACAGGCGAGAAGCCCUUCGCCUGCCAGGUCUGCGGGGUCCGCUUCACACGGAAUGACAAGCUGAAGAUCCACAUGCGUAAGCACACGGGGGAGCGGCCCUACUCCUGCCAGCACUGCAGCGCCCGCUUCCUGCACAGCUACGACCUGAAGAACCACAUGCACCUGCACACGGGCGCGCGGCCCUACGAGUGCUACCUCUGCCACAAGGCCUUCGCCAAGGACGACCACCUCCAGCGGCACCUCAAGGGCCAGAACUGCCUAGAGGUGCGGACCCGCCGUCGACGCCGCGACGAGCCGCCGCCGCCGCCCGCCGGCCCUCCUGGCCUUGACCUCUCCAAUGGGCGGCUGGAGGGGCUGCGCCUCUCCAUCGCCCGCUACUGGGGUCCGGGGCAGCCGGAGGAGGAGGAGGAUGAGCCGGAGGGUGAGGAAGGGCCACAGCCGGACGGCACCGUGCCGGUGGAGACGGUGUAGGGCCACUGCCACGGCGAGUGCCGUGCCAUGCUGAGCCGUGCCGUGCCCGCCCCGGGUUUCUGUUCCCGUUUUUCCCGUCACGGUUCAUUCCCAGUUAUGCAAAGGGGGAAACUCCCCCCUGGCCGAUUUGCACAAUGGGGUGGGGGGGUGUCCCCGCCGCCCCCCCACCGUGCCCAGGGCGCACCCCCCCCAUCCGCCGUGCCCGGGUUUCCCCCCGCCGUACCCGGGCAGCGGAGCCCCGGCGAGGGGGCCGGGGGGGGGGAGAAGCGGGACUGGGGUGUGUGCGCCCCCCCCCCCCCGAGUGGAUGCCGCCCCCCAGCGGGGCCGGGACCGGGCGGUGGCACCCGCGGACCGAGGGCGCCCCUGGCCCCGAACAGGAGGGCGCGGGCGGGGCCAGCAGGGCGCCCCCCCCCCCCGCCCCCCCGGUGUGCGGGUGGAGGCGGGGGGGCCGCCGCCCUGCGCUGUGCAUAGCUUGUGUCCCCCCCCCCCCCCCCCAGCCCUCCCCGUCCCGAGCAGCCCCUCCCCGGCGAGCCCCCCUCGCCCCUGCACUCCCGGCUGCUUUCUCUUGGUUGCACUAUUCGGGUGAGCCCACCCGGGUGCGGGGCAGCCCCGGCCCCCACCCGAUCCCAUCCCCCCCCAACCACCCCGGCCCUGUGGGACCCCCCUCCCCGGGGUGGCCGGGCCCCCGCGGUCACCCCUCUGCCCUUUGCACAUGCCCCCCCCAGGGCGCAGCCCCCCCCCCUCCCCCCCGGGGGAGCAGGGGACCGGCACUAUUUGCCUAAAAUAAGAGUUUAUCUAUAUUUAAAAGAUGAUGUAAUAUAUUCCCCCCCCCGCCCCAGCCCCUCCGCUGCUGCCCGCCAGCGCUGCCCGGCCCCCGCGCAUCUGUCCCUUGCCAUGGGGUGCCGGGAGGGGUGAUGGGGACGAGGGGCUCGGCUCCCGUCAUGGCUUUAAAGUGCCUUAUGGUGAACUUGAAACUUUUCGGCUACUUGAACCUCUCUGGUGUCAGGAACCAAACGAAUAAUCGGUGGGCGGCCGCCCCCCGCCCUGCCGGGUCGCCUCUGUCUGUCUGUCUGUCUGUUUGUGUUUGUUUUUUUAAACGAAGGCUGCUUGGUAAUAAACGGAGAAGCAGGGA